ACACUGGAGACUGAAAGUGAAACUGUUGAAGCUGAACAAUUUCAACUCCAUAGCAUUUAAGAACGUUCAAGAUAUCUAAUACGAAUGUAGAUUCCUGCCUCACACGUCACACUGCUCGGCUAUAACAAGAUAAUUCCUUGAAGAUGGCGCACCGAUCCAAACCUGUGCAACAGACAUCCAGACCAUUGCAGGUGGUGUUACUUGGUAAAACAGGAGCAGGGAUAAGUGCUACAGGAAACACCAUCCUGGGGCGCAAAGAUUUUCUCUCAAAGAAAAGAUUAAAAUCAGUGACUGCUAAUAUUGAGAAACAAAAUGUCACCAUUGAAGGAAGAGAUCUUGUCGUGUAUGACACUCCAGGAUUCUGUAACCGCGAUCAAUCCGAAGAGCAAAUUCAGGAGAAAUUCCAGGAUGUCCUCAAGUUAACCUCAUCUGGUCCCUGUGUGUUUCUCCUGGUGGUGAAGGCAGACAGAUUAACAGAAGAAGAGAAGAGGGUCAUUAGUAAAGUAGAAGGUCUUCUAGGAGAGAGUCUUUUGAAGCAAACCUGGAUCCUGUUCACCAGAGGAGAUGAGUUAGAAGACCAGACUAUAGAAGAAUUCAUUGAGGAGUCAGAUGACCUCACAGAAGUGAUGAGAAAAUACGGUGGACGAUACCAUGUGUUCAACAACAAGAGGGGUGAUCCUGAGCAUGUCAAAUCACUGCUGGAAAAGACAUAUCCAUGUCUCAAGUCAACUGUUUCAAGGAGCUUCUCCAUCAGGAAUCUCCCAAAGAGAAGGAUUGUUCUGCCUGGAAAAAGCGGUGUUGGGAAGAGUGCAACAGGAAACACCAUCCUUGGUGGGAGAAGUUUCCAUUCUGAACAGAACUGGUCCUCAGUAACACGUAAAACAGAAAUAAAACAGGCAGCAGUAGAUGGGAGGGAUGUCAGUGGGAACAGAGACCUCAGUAGAGUGGUAGAGCAGUGUGGGGGGAGGUACCAUGUCCUCAACAAUAAAGCUAGAGGAAGCAGAGAUCAGGUCACAGAGGUGAUGGAGAAGAUAGACAGAAUGGUGGAGGAGAAUGGAGGAACCUGCUACACCAAUGAGAUGUUUGAGGAUGCAGCCAGGGCUAAGAAAGAGGAGGUGGAGAGGAUCCAGAGGGAAGAGGAGGAGAGGAUGAUGAGGAAGAUAAUGGAGAUAGAGAACAUGAUGGGGGAGAACAUGAUGGGGGAGAGCAUGGAGAGGAUGAUGAUGAGGGAGAGCAUGGAGAGGAUGGAGAUGAGGGAGA